AUGGAGUACAAGACAGAGGUACGAUGCCUGCAGUUCUGGGUUCUCGCUUUUUCAAUUGGAACCACUCUGGCAUUCUACCUCAUAGCAGAUUAUUAUAUGGACCCGGGUGUGAGCAAUGCAUUUGGUGGAAUCUGCAACAAACGUGUUGAAGACGCAUGUGCGUACGUGAACAGUCACAUAAAUCCCCUAUAUAUGUGGGACUAUGAUGACAAUGUUGACUGCGUGAUGACACUGGACGCGGGGAGCAUGGCAACAGCUAAAUUUAAGGUAGAAUGGCACCACUUCAAUGUCCAGCCGACCACGUCGUGCACGGCAGACUACCUGUCUCUUUAUGAUGCGGACAUGAACGACAUCAGCAAUGCGUCUACCCUGAUCGGCAAGUUCUGUGGGGGUGUGGUUGAUAUCACAGGAUAUCCCACCCAACGCUACCUCACCCUGCAGUUCCACACCGACGGAUCGGGUAACGACAUUGGCUGGCGACUCCGAGCUACACGUUAUGAGUCACCUCCUUGCCAGGAUGACGAAUUUCUGUGUACCAGUGAGAACAUAUGCAUAGACGGCCGACUUAAGUGUGAUGGAACCUACCAGUGUGCUGAUCUUACGGACGAGAACGACUGUACAACCAUGGAAAAAUUCAUCGGCACGUUCAUCGCCCUCGGAAUGGGUGGGCUUGUUGGAGUCGGAAUCGGCAUCAUCGGCGGGUGUGUAGCAAUAUGGGUGGUGGUAGGAGCGUUUACCUGUUGUAAGAAAUGUUGUAAGACAUGUUGCUUCAAGUGCUGCUGUUGGUGGCCGUGCUGUAAAGGUCGAUGUGGUAAUCCCCCUGCAAACUCCAAAGUUGGACCACAGGAGGAAGGCGAUGAUUGGGGCGAUGACAUCAAGAAACCAGCUGUGGAGGACGACAUAGCCAUAGUGGACGAGGAGGGAGGCAACUUCGGCACGGAGCCUGAGGCGGACAUAAAUGUCAACACCGGAGAAGAGGCCAACGAAGUUACUGUUGGAGAGGAGGCCAACGAAAACACUACGGAGACAAAGGAUGACAAUGAUGUUGUCAUAGACAGUGGGAGGCAUACAUCCAUGUCUAAAGUGGGCAACACAAAGGAAGGAGGUCUUACUGAAGUCGUAUAG